AUGAGAGCAGUGGAAAAACAAGCUAAAUGGGGAGAAGAGGAAACUGUGAUGGAGGAGCAGAUGGAGGGAAAAGGUGGGGAGGCAGUGACACAGGAAAGGCGGAGACAGAGACCCAAGCAGGUAGUUGUAAAAGGUCAGUGCGUCUGUGAUAAGGCGUGCUUGGACAGCAUGCUCACAGUGAGCGGCCAGGAGCUUGUCAACACGAUAGCUGUGCACUUCACUUGCUACACUGCACUUAGCAGAGCACACGAGCAUCGCAGCACAAGAAGGCUUUUUAAACAUCACAGAGUAACACAACCACGAAGAGAUAAGCUCAAACCACCAGAGUAA